GAUGGCCGACGCCGGCUUCACCAAAUGGUGACGUUUUGCUGCAGCGGCCGUCUUGGAUUUUGAGAGUGAAUUGGUGACCACACUGGAUCUGGUGUGAGCUGUACGGCACGCGUUUAAUCACAGAAUAAACCAUUCCGUUCAUAAGAAUGCUCGCUGGCACAACGAGGAUACAAGGGUAUUUGACACCGCAUAUGAAUAUACUUUUAAUCAGGGUAAAAUAGUAGUACACAAAAACCUUCUGAUCAUCGCCGCUCUGGAGAAUGUUGCGCAGCAUCCCGAGCCAUCGGCCGAGAGAGAGAUAGCUUUAAGUGGGAUAGACACUGAGAAACCCGGCCGCGGACCUAGCCCAAUUGCAUGUUCGUUUUUAUUAGUGUCCUUCAGUUAAAUGUGUUAUUAGGUUGUUGUAUUUGUGGAAUAUGGCAGGACAAUACGCACCCAGUUGCUAAGUAACGGCGCUAUUAUAUUUUGUGUUAUUUAAAUAACCGUGUGAUGCGGCUAAACGAGAAACCACCUGGUGGCAGGGCUGUUUGAUUUUUAUAUGACAAGUCACAGGUCCACGGCCGUCUAGCUACAACAACAUCUGCGACCGCGCUGCCGCUAUGAUCGACCACCGCCCCGGGGAUUUGAGCCCGAGAGAGCCGCUGGGCUCCACCGAGCUCUCCAUGCCCCGGGACCGAGUCUCGCUUCAGAAAAGCAACGUGUGCUCUCGCUCUUACUUUGUCGUGGUCAUGGUGUUUGUGCAUGUGUACAUUAUCAAUGUCAUCGCGUUGCUGCUCUACGUGCAUUACAACAACGGCCCCGGGGACAGCUCUGCUGUGGACGGCCAGGACUCGGCUAGCCCGUCCUUCAUUAACAGCGGGUCGCACCCGCAGCCGCUGCCGCUGCCCGUGAACCCGGAUCCUGGGCCAGACGCCAUGUAUCUCCCUCGCCUGGAGGGCAUCAAGGUGGGACAUGUACAGAAGGUGGCUCUGGUGCCAAACAAAGUCCACGAGCUGAAGACACUCAGCCUGAAACCCCUGCUCUUCGAGAUCUCUGGCUUCCUGUCUGAUGAAGAAUGUCACCUCCUCAUUCACCUGGCCAAGCUGAAGGGGCUGCAGGAGAGCCAGGUGAUGAUCCCAGAGGGAGGGGACGAGCUGGCAGAGCAGCUGGAGAUCAGCCAAGAGGAGAUCUUCAAUCUGCUGGACCACAACCAGGACGGGCAGCUGCAGCUGCAGGAGGUUCUGACCCAUUCGCGUGUCCGAGACGGGAUCUGGCUCACUCCGGAGAACGUGAGGGAGAUCUAUGCAGGGCUGAAGGCUGAUCCUGAUGGUAACGGGAUGCUGAGUGUACAGGAGUUCAAGAAGCUCAAUACCAACGCCUUCCAGCAGUUCCUGCAGCAGCGCGGAGUGGAGAAGAGCCAGCUGGUGCGCAACAGCAAGCACACCUGGCUGUACCAGGGGGAGGGGGCACACCGAGUGCUGAGGCAGCUGCAGCAAAGAGUGACUCGUCUGACACGCCUGCCCCUUGACAUCGUGGAGAACAGCGAACCGCUGCAGGUGGUGCGUUACCAGCGGGGGGGGCACUACCACGCUCACCACGACAGCGGGCCUGUGUACCCCGAGACUGUCUGCUACCACACCAAGCUGGCAGCCAAUGCUAGCACCCCUUUCGAAACCUCCUGCCGGUACAUCACAGUCCUGUUCUACCUGAACUCUGUCCCUGGGGGGGGAGAGACGACCUUCCCAGUCGCCGAUAACAGAACAUACGAGGAGCUGUCUCUGAUUCAGAACGAUGUGGAUCUGCUGGAUACCCGGAAGCACUGUGACAAGGGCAACCUGCGUGUGAAGCCCAGCCAGGGCACCGCCCUUCUGUGGUACAACUACCUGUCUGACGGGAAAGGCUGGGUGGGGGACCUCGAUGAGUACUCUCUGCACGGAGGCUGCGUGGUCACUCAGGGCACUAAGUGGGUUGCUAAUAACUGGAUUAACGUGGACCCAGACUCCCGGCGGCAGACUCGCUACCAGCAGCUUGUGUCCCGUCUGGGUGGGGAGGAGACUGCCACAAAGAGGCUGGAGGAGCUGUAUCGGGGGAUCCAUGCAGACCAGAACCAGAACCUCCACACAUACCAGGACCUGCACCAGAACCCCCACACAGACCAGGACCUCCACACAGACCAGAACCUCCACACAGACCAGGACCUGCACCAGAACCAGGACCUCCACACAGACCAGGACCUGCACCAGGACCUCCACACAGACCAGGACCUGCACCAGAACUUCCACACAGACCAGGACCUACACCAGGACCUGUAGCAAUCACUCGUCUACUGAGAAGUGAAGAUGGGAACCAGCAGAUCUCAUGGCUAUUUGAAGCAGAAUGCCAGCAUGUCUUCUGAAGAGCCUUCUGCAGCAUGCCAGCAUGUCUUCUGAAGAGCCUUCUGCAGCAUGCCAGCAUGUCUUCUGAAGAGCCUUCUGCAGCAUGCCAGCAUGUCUUCUGAAGAGCCUUCUGCAGCAUGCCAGCAUGUCUUCUGAAGAGCCUUCUCUGGGAUGCAACUGUAAAUAGCUGUUACGUCUUGUUUAGUUUGCAGUAGAACCGACAGUGUUUCUCCGCUUUCACAUCACUGCAGUCUUCUAUGCACAGCUGUGGCUGAAGGAAGUCUCCUAGCGUUACUGUUUAGCUUUCAUUUUCACCUGGUGGCCAGAUGUUGUAAUUGCACUAAGAUUCCAGACUCAGUGAUAUGAGGACAGCUAUUUAAAAGUUUUCAACUUCUUAAUCUGAGAGCUUUCUCUGCGCUUGCUCUUGCUGGUGACGAUGCACAUCAUUGUGACUCGGGUUCAAACAGGCCUGACAGGUUAAUAAGAAUUUUGGAGGGUAGGUGCUUGAGACCCUUAAUGUUUACUGUGAACUAGAAAAUAAAACAUUGUUAUAGCCAGGAAGCACUGGCAAGGAGUUCUCACUAGAAAAGAGAUUGAAAGCACUGUAAUAACUGUCCUCAAAGCCAGGAAACACAAGGAGUUCUCACUAGAAAAGAGAUUGAAAGCACUGUAAUAACUGUCCUCAUGUUGCUUCUGUAAUAAUUUAAAGACGGGUGUGACUCGUUAGGAGGCCUGCACUCUGGGACAGAGAUGUGUCUCUCUUGUAACCUAUAAAGGGUAUUGCUGUCAUGUUACGCACACUGCUGGGCAGCGCAGUGACCGGGCUCAUCUGGGAUCAUCUGUUUAUAUAGCUUCUUAAAAGUACAACAUUCUGUGGCACCUACUGUGCUACACACCUAGUGUCAUCAAGGUCCUGCCACUAGAUGGAAGAUAUUCCACCCUGUACCCAGCAGAGCUGCAUCAGUAAUAUUCUGGUGGCCGGCUGUGUGGCCAGGUGGGUGUGUGUCCGGGUGGCUGGCUGGCUGGCUGUGUGGCCGAGUGGCUGUGUGGCUGGCCAGGUGGCUGUGUGGCUGGCCAGGUUUGUGUCUGGGUGGCUGGCUGUGUGGCCGGGUGGCUGUGUGGCUGCCUGGCUGGCUGGCUGUGCACAGUGCAACUCAGUGUUUAAACUGCCAGGCUUGGCUAACACUGGGACUCACACUGCUGUUGAACAGCAUGGGUUUUCUUGUUUGUUAAUUUAUCUGUUUGCUUAUUUAUUUCUGUAUUUAUUUAUUGAUUUGUUUGAUCAUUGUGGUUAGUGUUAUAUAUUGAUUUGAUUUUCAUGUGCACUGAAACACUUUGCUUUAUUCCAAUGAUAAAAUAAAGAAAAUUCAAAGAAAUUGAUGUUGCAGU